GCCAAUAAUUUUGGGGAAGUAUUUACUGCUACAGAGGUGAUGUCGACUAAUUUUUAAUACAUGGUGAAAAAUUAUAUUGACUUUGAUCUCGUUAAGGCAUGCUAUUCCAUUUCAUCCACCUUCUAGGCGACAAUAAACCACUCAUUUUCUGUUAAUACUCUAACUAAUAGUAACCUUGAGGGUACACAACAUUUUAAGAUAUGACCUCCAAGCGGGUAGCAGUUUCGACAGUAAAUUGGGCUGAGUUUUAUGCUAAGUGCCCAAAACACCAGUUGGAUCAGUAUCGAGAGUUGAAAACAAAGACAGAUAACCUUGUUUCCAAAAUAUCGUCACUUCCUGAGUCCUUACCGCCACUGAAUUGGGAUCAUUAUGCCAGCGUCGUUCCUAUCCCAGGUUUGGUAGAGAAGUUUAAAAAACAAUAUGCGAGUCUUUCCGUUGAGUAUCCAAAAGACACAUCUGGCGCUAUCUCGAAAGUGCAGAGCCAGGGGAAAAUUAUGCUGGAGAACGCCAAACGUCAUUCAGAUGCCUGUAUGAAGAUGAAAUUGAGUGCCGAAAAGAUGAAAGCAGCCUUGAAUAAGUUGCCCCCCUUAGAUGAGAUGGCUCCGGAAAUCGGUGUUGCGUAUUUUGGCCUUCCUCCUGACCGUUUCAUUGAUGAAAGAAAACCUUUAUCUCUGGGAAAUACGGCUAUUCUCAAGAGGUCCGCUCCAGUAAUGCACUGGGACUUCAGUUAAGUAGAUAAGCUGUCGGUACAUAGACGAUUGUAUCUUAGUUCGCUUAGAAAACGUUUAAUAUAUCACUUCUUGAAUGACUUUCUUAUGUUUGCAUAUGGCAUGAGCAAGCUGCAGUUUUUCGUUUGACAGUGUUAAAAAAAACUUUUCCCGUCUGGACGAACAUAGUAAGCCUGAUUUGUUAAGAAGUGUUGUGAUGUAUUUGUGAUUCUUAUUGUUAACGUAAUAUAAGACUCAAUAGUCUGUGGUUUAAUAUAUUUACUCCUUAUACCACCACUGGGCGACGCGAGGUUGUGCUUCGUUAGUCGUAUAACAUUGAAUACUAAUAGUCGUUACUAUCAGGAAACUAAGGUUGUUUCUGGCCCUUAUUAUUGUGCUACAACUGUCGCUCAUAUUUAUAAAUGCUAUUAGUACACACUCAUUCUUAUCGCAUAAUGCUCAAGAGUAAUAUGUGAAGCGAGUGUGAGGUGGUAUAAAACAAAUAUGUGUAUACAGCAACAGGAAGCUUUCUUCAUCAACGGACAAAGCCACGG